GUCUGUGUUUUUGUAAGUUUUGAGCGAUUACGAUUUGCCAAAACCGAAAAAGUAUGCGGAAUCUACAAAUGUAAUACCAUACUAAAGAAGAAAAAAGUAAUUCGCUGAACGGAAAAUCUAUCGCCAUGCCUCAGGGAAAACUUCGUGGAGGGUUGCGCGGCGAGGUACAAUCUACCGUAAGAGAGAACUACGGCAGUAAAGCUGUGACUUCUAACUUUAAAAGCCGAGUCGUUCAUCCGAGAAAUCCCAAACUUGUGAAGGGAAGCCCUGAAGAUGAUAAGCAAGCUCCUUCUGCUUACAUGGCUGAGAUGCAGCUCACCACAGAUGAAAGAUUUAAGCUCACAUAUGAGAUGAGGGUGCCUCAAAUUAUUGAGUUACUAGACAUGUCAGAACAGACUCUUCAGAAGUUCACCACUAUGGAUAUUGAAGAGCCUCUGUUUCAGCCGUUUCCUUCAGAUAUUGUGUUCCAAAAUUUCAACCCAUUUGAGACAUAUCAGGUUCCAUUGCAGUUGAGGAACAAUGAUAAGGUUGCUCGUCUUGUUAAAGUGACCCAAACAGAUUCUCCUUACUUCAAGAUCAUCAGCCCUCAUGAUGUGGGACACAAAGUAGCUCCUGGAAUGGAUACUGUAUUUAUCAUUCAAUUCACCCCCGAUGAGAAAAAGGACUAUACCCAUGAGCUUAUUUGCAUCACUGAAAGGGAGAAAUUCUUGGUGCCAGUAAAAGCAAUUGGGGCAAGAGCCAUCCUUGACUUUCCAGAUGAGAUCAGCUUUGGAACUUGUCCUGUAAAGUAUGCCACCACAAGGACUCUCCUUGUACGAAACAUUGGCAACAGCGAUGCAAAGUUUCAGCUGUUAGUACAGGAGCCAUUCUUUGUUACACCUGACAGUGGUCGGCUGGCUAUAGGGGACAGCAUGCAGAUUCAUGUAGAUUUCAAGGCCUUGCAGACAGGAGACCAUGGUAGUCAUAUGAUUCUUCAAUAUGAAACAGGAGAAGAAAUCUAUAUAAGUUUGUAUGGAGCUGCAAUUGAUUACAAUAUCCGACUGGAUAAAAGUACAGUCAAAAUGGAAAACGCUUUCAUAUCAUGUGCCUCACAAAGGACAGUCACUCUCUCCAACAGAAGUGAUAUUAUUGUCCAGUUCAAGUGGACAAACUUUGCAACAUUAAGGGAAGAAAUGCAGCAUAAGGAUAGGUUUUACAUGGACCUUGAGAGUGAGGAAAAUGUGGAAAAGGAUGAGUUCUUUGAAGAAUGCCUCAGUGAUCCUACUCUUCGAGAUCAAAUGUCUAUCUUGACAAGAAAAUUCAAAAACAAGAUGCAGGCAAUUGCUGAUGACAAACUACUUUAUGGAGACUCAAUUGUCACUAUUGACCCAGUGGAAGGAGAGAUCUGGCCCAAUUCUCAGGCAGAAAUCAGCAUUAUCUUCAAACCUCAAGAGGCUUGCAACUAUGCCAGAACUAUAUACUGUGAUGUAACAGGCAGAGAAUCAAGGUUGCCUUUAAGAAUUAGAGGUGAUGGAAUAGGCCCUCAAGUGCACUUCUCUUUGGAUACACUAGACAUUGGCAGUGUAUUCAUUAAUUCUCAGCAUUCUUAUGAGGUUAUUUUGUGUAACAUGGGAGAUAUUGAUGCUGUAUUUAAACUCCUUCCUUCCAACACCCAAUUUGGUCCACAGUUUUCAUUCCUUCCUGCCCAAGGAAUUGUCAUUCCUGGAGGAUACCAGGCCAUUCAGAUUCACUUCUGCUCACCCAUACUUGGUGAUGUCAACGAAGUGUUUGAAUUUGCUGUGGAAGGGUCGCCUGAGAAACUCGAGUUAAAGAUCUUGGGAUCAGUGAUUGGCCCCACUUUCCAUUUUAAUAUACCAAAGCUGAAAUUUGGAGUAGUUUCAUAUGGUUUUGUGAACACUCGUGAGUGUACACUGGUCAACACUUCACUCAUACCCAUGACAUUCAAAGUACGUGUUCCCGCUGAUGGUUGGAUAAAUGAGGAAACACGAAGCCGGGAUAGUUUGAUUGAUAGCAACAUUAGUGACACUGGUAGCACCAUAAUGCCAUCUCCAAAGGAAUUUGAUAUUACACCGUGUUGUGGCACUAUUUCUCCUCAGGGAGAGCUUGAUAUUAAGGUGGACUUUGUGUCAACCUCUGUCAAAAAGUAUGAAAUUGCUUUGGUAGUUGAUGUGGAUGGAGUUGGAGAGGAGAUUCUGUCACUUCCAAUAAUAGCCAAAUGCGUGGUCCCACCCAUUACUGUCUCUACACCACUCUUGGAUUAUGGUCGUUGUUUUCUCCAUCACCCUUAUGAGCUUCUUGUAAAUCUGGUGAACGAGUCCGAUCUGCCUGCCAAAUAUGAAUUGUUGUCACAGGUUGUGGAAGAUGUGACACCAAUCCUGUAUACAAGUCCUGAACCAAAGGGAAUUAUCCAGCCUCAUUCUGUGAAAGAAGUUCCUCUUCACAUUACAGCAGAGUGCCUGGAGGAAGUUACCACUGUGGCUUACUUCAUGAUAUUUGGGAGCAGUGAGGCUCCACUGGGAGUUCAGAUCCAGUGUGUGGGUGAGGGACCAGUCAUACAUGUUGUUCCAGCUCAUGUUGAUUAUGGGACCAUCCCAGUUUUAACAGACAUCUCCAAGAUUGUGCAGCUUUCCAAUGAGUCCCUGAUUCCAGCACAGUUUUCUUGCAGUAUGGUUCGUCCCAAUUCGCUGUUUUCUGUUGAGCCAGCCCAGGGUGUUAUUCCACCUGAAAAUACUCUGCAACUUAAAGUCACCGCAAAUGUUGAUGAUACAGUCAAGUUUCAGGACAAAUUGUCAAUCAACAUUAGUGACAGUCAGAACCAAACAGUCAGCCUCAUGGCCUACGGCUCUGGCACAACCAUCGUCAGUGAUCCUCCCCUAGCUCCAGCCGUUAAACUUGGUCCACAGUUUAGUUGCCAGCCUGUCAAGAGAUGGUUCCAACUGACAAACAGCGGAAGGAGGCCUCAACAGAUUUAUUGGACCACUGAAGGUUUCCUCCCGUACAGGACUAAGAAGAAGCCUGAGUACAAUCCGGAAGACAUGAGAUACCAGGGCCAACCACCACCUGUUGAUCCGCCUAAGCCGGUGUUUCAGUUAACACCCGACAGAUUGGUACUACAUCCUGGAGAGAGCCAAAAAGUAAAACUGGAAGGAUAUUGCGAGAAUCCACAAAUUGUAAAGGAGCGCAUGUUCUGUCAUGCUAUCAUUGGCACUAGUACUGGUAAGGAACGUAUCAUGAGGGUGGAUAUUAGUGCAGAGUUUAUCAGCCCACUGCUGUCUUUUUCUCAAAGAGAGAUAAACUUCUGUGUCAUGAAGCACCCUGAGAGCACUUUGGAAGUAGAGACCAAGCAAGUCAUGAUGCACAACGUGUCAUCCCUCCCGCUCACAGUCGUGUUACAAGCUUCCUAUCCCUUUCAGUUGCUUGUGGAGGAUCCACGUUGGGCACCUGUUAAUGUUAAAUCAUCUCAAUCGGAAGUGUCACUGGGCGUUGGUGAGAAUAUACCCGUGCUGAUUCAGUUCGAUCCUUCUUACAAGGAUGACUUUGUGACCAGAACCGCUGAGAGUCAAUUAGAGGUGUCAUUCAAAGAACAUCCACAAAAGGACUUUGUGAAUCUGAAAGGAGAAGUGUUCUUCCCUAAUCUUACAUUUGAGAUGGAAAAGGUUGACUUUGGCUGUAUAUUGAAUGACACAGAAGUGACCCAAGUAGUGAAAGUCACUAAUCACAGUCCAAUGGAUGUCAAGUAUCAGUGGAGCUUUGUUGAUUCAGCUAUUCAGUUUGAAAACAAAGAGGAAGAUGAAGGAAUUGUAGUCGAGGUUGAUGAUGACAGCCAAGAGGACAGUGAAGAAAAACCGGAAGAUGUUGACAACGUGAUGAUCGAAGUAACAGGUGAUCAUACCCCCGAGUCACCUCGGCUUGUAGACUUCACAGGAUCACCAGUAAUGAGCAGACCUUCUACUGCUUCAGAACAAAGGCCACAGGAUGCAAGCCCAGCCAAUCAGCUGGCAGUGCCGUGGAGACAGACUGAACUGCUUGAUAUUGGAAUUGAAGAGAUUUUUGACAUCUUACCACUGUAUAGCACCCUUCAUCCGCAUGAGACGCAGAAAAUACAGUUCACCUUUUACGGUCAUGCCAACAUUAGUUCUCAGGCUGUUGCCCGCUGUACUGUGUACGGAGGACCUGAAUACGACAUUGCACUUCUGGGUCAAGCGUCCCUAGUGCAGUAUUUCUUCGAUCGGCAGAUUGUCGACUAUGGAAAACAGCUGUUUGACCAAGCAGCGGUUGCAGAGAUCGUUCUCCACAAUACUGGUAAAGUAGGCCUCGAUUUUGUGGUCCUCAACGUGGACAGUGGAAAUAAGCUCCUUCCAGGCGCCCCAAAUGUUUCCCCAAUCCAAGGGCACAUUAAGGCCCUCAGUAACCAAACACUUACCAUCAAAUAUCUACCUGGUGUGCCAGAGAAGUUUGAGAAGACAUUUCAGGUUAGAGUCGCUCACUUUGAACCUAACAAAAUCACCCUGUCAGGGGUGGGUGUGUUUCCCCGUGUCGUGUUUGACCUUCCUCAUGACAAAGAAGACGCCAGAUACGAGGAGCUGACCCAGCAAGCACGCGAGAACCUGGAACGAGAAAAGUCAAACCUAUCAGAAAAGAGUGUAGAUGACGUACCGUUCGGAGCUCUCGCAAAUUCUGUCGGCGACAUCGGAGUACAGAUGGAGGUCGAACGACUAUUAGUGAAACAAUUCGCUGUAGAGCAACAGGAAUCAGCAAGAAACGUCUCUUUUGUGCAUACCUCUGGUUCCCACAGAACUGCAACAAAGAAACAACGACCCAAAGCUCAGCUGAUCAGUUAUUUCCUGGAUUUCGGAUAUGUUGUUUAUGGCACAGUUCGAUCACAUGUAGUCCGUGUCACCAACAACGGACACUUCCCGGUGUCUUUUGCACCUGACAAGUCAGUUCUGUCGGGCAGCGGAUUUGGAGUGGAAUUGGACCGAGUGCGUAACCUUCCCGGUGAACCAGAUAACGAAAGUAUGGAAUUCAUGGUGACCUUUGACCCUAGAGCGGCUGGACUUCCCAUGGGACCAGUUGAUCUGCACGUGCCCUUUAACGUGCUCAAUGGUCCUACGUUUGGGUUGAGGAUUAAAGCUGUGGUGACAAUGCCGGACAUGACAGUAUCUACAGAUUCGCUAGAUUUUGGCGUGGUGGAGUGUGGGAACAGUAAGGUCAUGACGAUACAGCUACACAAUAGCCAACAAGUCAGGUGUGACUGGUCGUCUGAACCUCCGGAAGAAAAAAAGAAAAAGUCCGACAAGAUGAUUCCACUUCAUCUACGCAAAAAGCUUCGCACAGAAAAGCCUAAACCAAAACACUUUGAAGUGAUGCCGCCCAUCGGUUCCCUAAUGCCUGGUCAGCGGAUUAAUGUCCAAGUCAAAUUCAUGCCCACUGAAGAGAUUUCUUACAGCAAUCGUCUUGUUAUCCGGAUCGCCCAAAGUUCUAGCCGUCACAUGAUCAGCGUGACCGGUCAGGGAAAUGAGCCCAAGUUAGACUUCAGUUCCACUCUGAUCGAGUUCGGCCCAGUCCUUCCUCAUUCAUCUGGGGACGAGAAGGAAGUAAUCGUGCGAAAUCCUUCAUCGUUUCCUGUUGAAAUUUACUCUUUGGAGUUUGACAAGCAGUACUUAGAGGAGGAGAAGAUGCUUCGCACGAUGAAAGGCUACGAUGAAUACAACACCAUUCUGCUUCCCCCGCGUCAACCUGGGGACAAGCUUCCUCAAGAAAUCACAGAUGCUUACAAUGAACAGCAAAGAAAGAAAGAGGCGGAAGAAAAGGAGAAAGCAGAGGCAGCGGCAUCUGCGGCAGCCGCUCAGGCGGAGAGGGCCGUAGAGGAAGGAGUGGAAGGUGUGCCUCCUAUCAUUGCUACACAGCUGGCUUCAGCUUCCGGUGAACGGGAAGGUGGCAGGUCUGGUAGUGAUGUGGGCGAGGGAGCUAAAGAUGACAGCAGUAGCCUCGGUGUUGGCGAACUGGAAAUCACACCCGUGUCCGCUUCCAUUGCUCGCUACCUUGGCAUCGACUUGACAGCAGAGGGCAGGGCAGCCCGUAACAGACGAGGAAUUGCUUUAGUGGUGCACGGAGCACCUCUCUCUGGAAAGACAGCCACGGCGGUGUCACUGGCUAAGACUUAUGGAGCAGCGUUACUGACAGUAGAUGCAGUGGUUAUAGAGGCUAUAUCAAAUGGAAACACCUCUGCAGCUCAAAGAGCCAAAGAGUUGUGUGCAUCAGCUGCUCGAGCGGCUAAGGAAGCGGAACAGACUGCUGAAUUACAGCUGAACCAACCCACGGUGGCACUGAGUGUAGAGGCAGUAGCUGCCCUGGGUGCGGCCACUGGUCCCUCGGUUUCCACUGCUGGCUCUGUCACCGGAGCCCAAUCGUUUCUUGGGAAGGAUCGUAAGACUUCCACCAUAGCUGGUGGCCCCCGUGGAGGAGGUGUUGGGAAGAAUAUUCCUCAGCUUCAGCAAUCGCCUCCAGGGACUCCACCCCAGGCUGCACCUUUAGGCCGGAAGCUGAGUGUCAGUGCUAGCGUCGCUGGUGAAGACGGACUUUACAGCUGCUUGCUUCCUGAGGAUCUUCUUGUCGAACUGCUGGCGGAGCGAUUUCAGUUGAGUGACUGUCAGAAAGGAAUCGUAGUGGAUGGCUUGGAGUCGCUGUUCAGUCCAAACAUGAUGGGUACAGCAAAUGCUAUUCUCCGUGCUUUCAAUAACCGCAAAUACAUCUUCUUUGUGACACUGAUGUUGGAUCAGGCCAAGCUAAAGGCUGUGGAAGAAAAGAAGAAAGAAGAGCAAGCCAAGCUUGAAAAACAAAAGGAGGAAGAAGAGAAACGGCGAUUGGAGGAGAUGUCUGAAGAUGAAUAUGAUGCUCUAACGGAAGAAGAGAAAGCUGAGGUUGAUAGGAAACACUUGGAGCAAAAGAAAGAGAGAAGAAAACGAGAGCUAGAAAGACAGGAGAGGGAGAAGAAAGAAAGAGAACUGCAAGCUUUGAUGGAGGAAAAAAGACUCGAGGAGGAGCGUGGUAAUCAAAAAGGCAAACGCCGAGGAGCUCAACAAGCAGGAGGUGCUGGAGCUAAGAAAGGUCAUGAUGGAAAGGAAAAGAAACCUGAGAAAAGCAGUGAUAAGCUCACGCCUAAUCGCACCACUGGUCUGUCUACACAAGCACAGCCCUUCGACACGCGCACGGGCGCCCCGUCGGUGAUUUCCGAGCGUUCCGACAGCAGUGAUGUUACCGACGACAAGAAGCGACUAAGUAUCGCCAAAGUACAGAAACAUCGCCAGUCAUCGGCCAUCAUGAACCCUCCGUUGAUCCCGCAAGUUGAGGAAUCUAAACCACCGACUGAGGAAGAGGAGAGGGAGAAGGAGCUUACUAAAAAAUUUAAUGCAUUCGAGACCAGUUUCCGAGACAUUGAUGGCUUGCUGCAAAACUGGGAUCGAUCUACGGGUACUGUGGCGCGUGCAGACACUCCCAAGUCUGAGAACUUUGAGGACUUUCUUCCGGCGCCUGGAUCGACCAGGCGAGGUCGAGACAAGAAAGAGAAAGAACUUAGAGAACGAGAGAAGGAGAGAGAAAAAGAAAAAGCUAAGGAGAUUUCUGACUCUCCGAUGUCAGCGGUCAGCGGUGAUCAUGAUGAUGACGAAGAUGGCGGUAAAAAGGACGGGGUGGGUGUACCACAGCUUAUUGUGGACACAGGAAACCCAACAGAGUCACAGGCUGAACAGACACUAGCGAAAGGAAUUUUGCCAACGGUUGAAGAGGUAAUGGACGGUCUGGGUCUAGGACCCCAUGGUCCUCCCAUCCCACCCCCGGCCACUUUUGCUGUAGUGCCGUAUCCCGUACGGAGACGUCCACCCCUGGGAUUAGAUCCCCCUUCUCAUUAUGUGUUCGUGGCGUCGGGGCCAGAUGAUCCUAAUGCCCCUCAGGAGGAUAAGACGAAAGAAGCUGAACCAGAAGUGGAGAAAACACCUGAGAAACCACCGGAACAUGGAAGAAAGGGCCGUAAAGACAAGGAUGAUAGAGAGGGAGGUACAAAGUCCAGAAAGGAGAGAGGAAGUUCCGCCCGGAAGGGAAAAGCAGCACACGGGGCUCCCUCACCUCCCCCCAGUAUCACCCCUGCAGAAGAAGACAAGAGUGAAACUGCAGCGGUGCCCAGCACCCCUCAACUCGUCAGCCACCGCUGGGUCAUUCCUGCCAAUGAUACAGUGAGGUUGCGCAUUCGUUUUCGGUCCGAGGAGCUGGGUCAGUUUGACCAGACAUUGAACUUUGAGAUCAUGGGGACGCGCCGUCGUUAUCAGCUGUUUUGCCGCGGCGUCUGCGCUUUUCCCGCCAUCAGUCGCGAGCCGCGUGUGGUGUUCCCUCACCGCCGGAAGUACCGCAAACCGGAAGAGAUCGUGCAUAAGAAAUACGUUCUAAGCAGUGAGACUUUUGAGUUUGGCCCGUUGCUUUGUGGAAAGACUCGAGACCGGUACAAGGAAGGCAAGUAUCGAGAGAAUAUGGAAACGAUCGUGAUCUGCAACACCUCUCCACUGGAAGCAGAUGUCAACUUCUGUUUUCAGCAGGAUAGCACAGCGGUUACCUUCAUUAUUGAUCCACCCAACAUGAAGUUGAAGCCGGGUGAGAGUCAGGACCUCACUCUGUGGGCAUAUCCUAAGACACCAGGCUUCUUCGAAGAUGCUGUGGUGUGCUGUAUUCGAGAGAAUCCUGAGCCGGUUGUGUUUAAGAUUUCCUGUCAUGGUGUCCGGCCUGAGCUGGAGUUGGAUCGGAGACAGCUGCAGUUUGAUAGAGUUCUACUACACAGGAAAGACACAAAAACGAUCUUCCUUCGUAACAGCACUCUGCUACCUGUGGCUUGGCGAGUGAAUGGGAUGGACAAUCUGGGUGAUGACUUUUCGUUGACUACUGAACAUGGCGUGAUCGAUGCUAAAUCAGAGUUUGCUCUUCAGAUGCACUUCAGAGCUGUUCGGCCAACCAACGUCAAAAAGAUUGUGAGGCUGGAGGUUUCUGAUGUAGACCAGAUCAUGGGCCUGGUACAGGCAGAAAACAUUCAAGUUCAUGCAGAGUCUUAUGAUGUUGCUCUAGAUAUGAGUUUCCCUAAAGGUGCAGACGGCGGUCUUGACUUUGGCGUUCUCAAAGUUUUGGAUGAAACAAAGCAGACUUGUUCUCUAAAGAACAAAGGCAAGUUUGAAAUCAACUUCAAUUUCGCGUAUGAGCCAACAGAAGGUUCGCCAGCGGACGUAGCACAGCUGUUUACAGUGAUACCCAACAAGGGUCCCCUACUACCUACCGAUCGACCCACUCAAGUACAGGUCAUCUUCAGAUCCAAGAGCGAGAUUACUAUUAAAGACCAGCCUGUACUCAAAUGCCAGAUCGUAGAGCCUCACCUUGGCGAAGGUGGCGAGGUGAUCGCCAGCAUUCCCAUAAAACUUAGCGUGCGCUCUGUCUACAGCAAGUACGCCGUAUCGCCGGUCAGUGACAUUAACUUUGGAGCCAUGCUAAUCAACACUAAGAAAACCCGGGUGUUCACUAUCGAGAACAAGGGAGAGUUUGAAUUCCGGUACUCAGUCCUAAAGAUGAUCAACACGGUGGCACAAGGACGCCAGAAACUGGGGCCACCCGCGAAAAGGGCCAAAUCACGUGAUGGGUCGAGUUCGGGAAGAUCUCAACAAGACAAACCGUCUAAACCAAAGAGAGCAGAUUCAGUACGAGGAGCCGAGUUGACCACAGGGGCACCAAACAUUCGCCUUCAGCUUGGAAUGUUUACAGUCUACCCAGCUGUCGGGAGCGUGCAGGCCGGUAGUUCUGUGCAAGUAACGGUGGAUAUGAUCGCUGAAAACCCAGGCUUCUCAGAAGAGGACAUUGCCAUUGACAUCUCAGACCGCCCGCCGUCCGACCAACCACAGGGAAUACCUUAUAAACUGAUUGGAGAAGCAUGCAUUCCCGGGAUCACCACAAUCGCCCCCGACACAGUUGGCUCUAUAUUCGAAGAACACUUAAUCGUCAAACAAUUGAAUUUAUUCCAGUACCUGACGCACGACCUCGCGAGUGGCUCUGGAGUGUAUGGAGAGGACGAGAACAAGUUUAUAUUUUACAACACUAUUGUUGGACGAAAAGCCAAAGCGAGGUUUAGAAUUGGUAAUCAGAACAAGGUGCCAUGCGACUUGGUUCUCUCCGUGAAACCGCAGUCCAUGAAACCAUCUGCUCGUUGGCACGACGUCUAUGAGAUUGAACCCCAGCGUGCCUCGAUCCCAGCUCACAGCUAUGUGUACGCGACUGUGACCUUCAGUCCUCCGUCCAUGCAAACCUACAACGCUACUCUUGAAGCAGCCGUAGAUGGGAUGCCUAGCGCUAUGUCAAAGUACCGCAACCUAACGUUCGACAUCCAGGGUGAAGGAAACCUUCCUAGAAUCACCGUGGUUCGACCCACUGCUCGAAACAAGAAAGGUGCUCCAGUCCUUUUGUUCCGACGCCUUUUACUGGGACGUACUCAAGUGCUCUCGCUCUCGCUAAAGAACGAAGGCACAUUGAUGGCCCGAGCGAAUAUCGAUUUGAAAGACCCCGAAGGUGUGUACAAUAUUUCAUGUGUGGAAGGUACCAAAGGUAUGGAGCCACUUGACGACGGUGAAGACGACGUAGAUCCGAAGUCGCGAGUUCACACCUUGUCUGUGGUGGUCCCCAUGGGUAAGACGGCAGAUUUUGCGAUCGAGUUCAACCCCUCCCUGGUGGGGCGUUCGCUGGGCGAGAUUAGGCUGUCAGUAAUGGAUAAUCCUUAUGAAGAAAGUACAGUUCAACUAAUUGGAGAAGGUUAUGAAGAUGAGGUGACCAUAGAUAAUAUACGGUCCUUUGUUCAGACUGAGGAACUGGCAGCUGAGACGGAGAUCGACGACGACACUCCAGCAUCACGAGAAAACCACGUUAAAUUUGGGGAUUGUGCCGUGGGUGUGUCCAAACAGCUGUCAUUCACACUGACAAACCAUUCUUCCUCGGACCCAGUGCGCUUCACGUGGUCCCCGCCGCCUGAGGUGACAUUUUCUCCGUGCACAGGACACUUACAGCCAAACUGUGCAAAGGAUGUCACAGUAACCUUCUGUUCUAACGAGCCAAAGACAUAUUCAGCGACAAACAUUCCUUGUAAAGUCACUAAGAUCAAGCUAGGAGAGGCGCAGGAUAAAGCGGUGGACUGGGACGAUCGCAUGCGCACUGUAAAGUGGAUAGACGUGGUACCUGGUGAAGACCCUUCCACUGGCGUGAGGAAGUCCCCCCGGCCUUCUAAGAAGAAAGUCAUUGAAGUUGAAGCUGAGCCUCCAUAUACAGCCCUAGAAAACAGCACCAAAGACGUGGAACUGUUGCUUACUGCCGUGUGUGACUUUGCUAAAUACCGCUGCAAAGUCGAGAACAUACACUUCAAAGAUACACUGAUGUUUCAGUCUCGUGUGUACAGUUUUACAGUCUCAAACAAAGGUGAUGUGGAGCUCGAUUACAAGUGGCAUUUUCAGCCAGUGGAAAAACCAAAGACUGUCAGCCUAGUCGAGCCGCCCGAGGUAGGACCCGAGAGACCCGAAAGCUCCGCUGGACAAUCCACCGGUCAGCGAACCGUUCGCCCCUCCACUUCAACAGGGGGCUCAUCAGUGCACCCUCCUAGACGUGUACCUCCAACCACUCAAAGACCUGGGUCCUCCAUGGGUGGGCGGCCGUCAAGCGCCCUGGCUCUUGCCUACGAGGCAGGCAGUGUAGUGAGCGAAGGAGGAAGCGAUGUGUUCCCUUUUGUGAUUGAGCCAGAAAGUGGAAGCAUCCCUGCAGGGAAGAAGGGUAGCUUUGUUGUGAAGUUCUCACCGUUAGAUGUGUCCGAGUAUGAUGCUCUGGUGACCUUCAGUGCCAACAAUCUCCCGCCAGACACAGGCGGCUUCUCCAUUCCCGUUCGUGGAAGGAGCCUUCUUCCUUAUUGUCACUUUGAAUUGGAGGAGUCAGAUUAUGUUUCCGGGGGGAGAAGAAACCCCGAGUUAAGAGGUCCUGGUGGGGCUCCCCCCGGAUCUACCUUAGAUCCCACCACGAAAGUUAUCGAGUUCAAGUCGUGCGGAGUCAAAGUUAAAAACAUAAAACGUUUUAGCGUCAUAAACCCAUCCAACACAAGCUACAGUUUUGUGUGGACCAGUGAGGACACACUGGAUGGCGCGCCCCCAGAAACGGUCAAUUUCCGGUGCCUGACUCCCGAGGGGACCAUACUGAGUGGGAAGAAGUACGAGAUGGUGUUUGAGUACGUAUCAGACUCGCUGGACCUGGUUGAAUCAUUUUGGCGGUUCUUUGUGCCUGAGUACAGCUUCUCCAUUCCAUUUGUUAUGGUGGGGCAUACAUUUGAGCCCGCGCUGUCAUUUGACAGGUCUCACAUAAACUUCAGGGAAAUGCUGCUUGGUCACCCGGCAAAAGAAACUGUACAGUUAGUGAACGAGGAGAACAUCCCAUUCACUUUUUCAUUCAGCGAAUCGUCUUGUCACACAGAAGGAUAUGCGUCUAGUCUGUCUGUGGAACCCAUGUCUGGAACAGUCCUACCUAAGGCCAGGCUACCAAUCGAAAUCUCCUUUACAGCAACUGAACAGAAGGAAGUAAACUUCAAUGUUCUGUGUCAUGUGAAAAAGAAAACAUCUCCUCUAACCUUGAAUGUGAAGGCAGAGGGGUAUGCCAUGAAUGCGCAGCUUGUUUGCGAAGAUUCACAGGGAAACAAAGUGGAGCUUACAUCUAAAGGAACAAACAGAAUCAACUUAGGAAUGGUUGAAAUCAACGAAAAAGCCACCCGACAGUUGUUUGUCAUCAACUCAGGGAAAUUUAAUUUUGACUUUUCGUGGGAGAUCCAUAACCGGACUAAGCUUAAGGGCCUCAGGGUUCUCGAUGGGGAGAAGCUUGUAUCAGUCACUCCUGAAAGUGGAACGGUGCCAUGUAAUACUCGUAAGAGAUGUCAGUUAGCUUUCUGUCCACCUGGGAGACUUUCACUGACAGGAUGCGAUCUAUUGUUAAAGAUCACCAAUGGCCCAACGUUCACCAUAAAUCUAACAGGGACGGGUAUACAGCCUGGACUCAACUUCUCUUUUGUGAGGCAUGACUUUGGUCCGUGUUUCCUGUACCGUGCUGGUAUGCCUCGGAAACGGACUACGUUGAUCAUUAAGAACGAAGAUACAAAAGAUAUCAGUAUUGAGUGUCAAUACGAGAAUACUGCCCACCUUGAGGUCGCCUGUCUACCUGGAGUCCUGAUACCAAACCAAGCCAUGCAGGUAGAUAUUGUGUUUUAUCCCCGGGAAGCCAGGAGAUAUCAUGAGGUCAUCCCGUUUGAGAUCAACGGUCUGUCCACCAUGAAUGUCGAGAUAUUUGGCGAGGGAACCGACAUGAAGGUAGAGGUCGCUAAUCCUUCAGACAGAAAAGUAAAUUUUGGCGCCUUGCGUGUCGGCCAAACAAAUCAGCGGAGUGUAAAGUUAGUGAACCGCAGCCCGGCACCAAUCACAUUCACCCUAGCCAUCACACCAGCUGUAGUGGCGCUUCAACAAGCAAACAUUCUCACUAUUAGCCCCUCUACGGAAAUCACUCUUAGGGCCAAUGGCGGCACGAGUGGCGUGGACCUGACUUUCAAACCGAAAACACGCAUACCACAGUUUACCGAAGAGGUGAUGUUGGAGUGUGCCGGCAUGUCCCAGCCCAUCUUUGUGGUAACAGGCUCUUGUCAAGGAAUAGAGAUCACGUUGGACAGCGACUCGGUGCCGUUUGGCGCUGUAGUUCUCGGCAGUCGCAGCACGAGGAAGCUGAUCAUGCACAACACAGGAGACAUCGGAGCAGCCUUUACUUGGAAUGUAGAAAAGUUUCAACCUGAUUUCUCUAUCUCACCAGUUAAAGGUUACAUUUCACCCGGAAUGGAAGUGUCCUUCGAGAUCGUGUUUCAUCCCACUGUGGUGAAUCAUGAUAUAAGAUACGAGAGUUUGCGUUGUGCCAUUGAAGGUGGUAAAGCGCUCAAGCUUGUUUUGACGGGAAGCUGUAUCCCACAGACACCCCUAAAGGAGAUGCUUCACUUUGCGACCCAUGUUCGCACUCGUGACACGCGUAAUCUUGUCAUACAUAACCGGACAAACCAGUUAUGGAUGCUGCGGCCUGUGAUUGACGGUGAAUACUGGUCUGGUCCUGACACCAUUACUGUGGAGCCACAACAGAGUAAAAACUAUGAGUUAACCUACAGACCACUUACUAUGACUCAGGAAGGAAAGAAACACUUGGGCUCUGUUUUUUUCGCUCUCCCGGAUGGCAAUGGUCUCCUAUAUAAUGUGACUGGUAAUGCAGAGGGUCCUAAGCCAGUUAACAACAUACAGAGAGAGGUACCUUGUAAAACGUCCUACACUGAAAUGCUCACUGUCACCAACUGGCUGCGAAGACCUCAGAGAUUCCGCGUGAUAAUAGAGAUGCUGAAACCUGACAGACCAGACAGCGCUACUACGCUAAAGGGACUGGACUACAUCGAUGUCCCGGGUCUCUCCAAACGAGAAUACAGAUUGAACUUCUUUGCUCACAAAGAGGGAACGUUCAGUGCAAAGGUAAUAUUCAGGAAUGAACAGGGCGGAGAAUAUCUGUUUUAUUAUGUGACUUUCAAGGCAGUGCCCCCUGGUGUAAUGGCUACCAUUGACUUGUCCACGCCCAUACGUAAGAGCACGUCACAUGUGGUGACGUUACACAAUCCCCUCAGUACCCCUGUGACAUUCAAUUCUCAGUGCUCUGUGGCUGACAUCCAGCUGCCGCCAAGUUUCACCGUUCCUCCUUUAUCUGAGGGCUCGUGUAUGUUUGAGUACCUCCCGCUGAAGGCCGGUGAGUUAACAGGCCGACUCUCCUUCAGCAGUUCAGAGUUAGGCGUGUAUCAGUAUGACCUCAACCUAACCGCAACACCUGCCGGAACAGAGGCUCCUGUUCAUUUCCGUGCAGGCUUGGGUACCAGUCAAAGUCAGACCUGUCGAUUUGUAAACUUUGCCAAGUCUAAAGUCGAGUACAGCUGCAAGGUGGACAACACUGAUUUCCAUGUUGAAAAGAAUAUCACGGCAGCCUCAGCGUCAAGUGGAGGCACAGAGGUCGGUGUGGAAGUGACCUAUGAACCAUCCCGUCUGGGUGAUACUCGCGCUACUCUGACCGUUUUCUCUCCAGUAGGAGGAGAAUACGUGUUCCCACUGUUUGGUCACUGCAGUCCUCCAAAACCCCAGGGUCCGUACUCGAUCAAAGCGGGUGCAACAACCUCAAUUCCGUUUAAGAACGUGUUUUCACACACUACUCAAUUUACCUUCUGUCUGGAUAGUCCGUGUUUUAAUGUGAAGGCGAGCGAGAGCGUCCGUGCUAAGAAGACCCAUAAUAUUAUCGUUGGUUUCGAGGGAAACCAAGGAGGUUCCAAGGCUCCGCGCAUGGGCAGACUCAUGGUCACGUGUCCGAGGAGCGCAGGUGGUGCUGGGAAUGUUACUUGGACCUUCUACCUGAAGGGCCUCACUCCGUGAAAUUAAACUGAGUUAAAUUUCCGUUUCAUUUGUAGAAAGGAGUGUUUAUUUUUUGGACCCAGUGUAGUGCUUCAACUUGUAGAUAUCAUUCAUUUCACAAUAAUGUUUACGCAUACAUUCGAUGCACUUUCCUUGCCGUUCUCUACAAAUGUCUGUUUAGUGUAUAAAUUUUGUGGCUGAGGACAUGUUUUUCAUAUUAUAGCGGUUAUGAAGUUACUUUGAUAUCAAGCCAUGCC